AAUGAAAAGGAACUAAUCUUUUAGAAUGAAUAUAUGAAGAAAGACAGCUGAAAUUUUUAUUUCGCCUACUUCAAUGGCGACCUCAAGAAACCCCAAGAGCAAGCAGCCGGCGGCGAGACCUCCUUUCCUUCCCAUCGCGACCGCUGCGGUAGCCAUUGGACUCCUCUGGAUUCUCUUUCACUCAUCUUCGUCCGCUCACCAUUUCCCAAAUCCUUUCUUCGGAGCGGCGGCGAACGCCGGCGAGAAGGAUGGAUCGAGCGGUCUGGAGCGGAAGUAUCUUUACUGGGGGAAUAAGAUCGACUGCCCUGGAAAGCACUGCGAUUCUUGCGAAGGACUUGGACAUCAGGAAUCCAGCCUCAGAUGCGCGCUCGAGGAAGCCCUAUUUCUGAACAGAGUAUUUGUGAUGCCCUCUAGAAUGUGCAUUAACCCAAUACACAACAAGAAGGGAAUAUUACAUCACUUGAUGAAUGCAACAUCAGAAGAAAGAUGGGCUGCAGGUACUUGUGCUAUGAGCUCUUUGUAUGAUUUGGAUCUUAUCUCCAAAACAAUUCCUGUUAUACUCGACAAUUCAAAAUUGUGGCAUCAAGUACUAUCAACGAGUAUGAAGCUCGGAAAGAGCGUCCACGCGGAGGGGGUUAGUCGAGCCGAUCUUCAGUUUAAUUCUUUAUAUUCAAAUGCAUUGCUAAUAAACCAUUCUGCAAGUCCACUUUCAUGGUUUAUGGAGUGCAAGGAUCGAACCAACCACACUUCAGUCAUGUUAUCAUAUUCAUUUCUUCCUAUGAGUGCGGCUCCAAAGUUAAGAGAUGCCGCGAACAAGAUCAAGGGCUUACUAGGUGAUUAUGAUGCCAUUCAUGUGCGCCGGGGCGAUAAGAUAAAGACGAGAAAGGAUCGAUUUGGAGUUCAUAGAAGCUUGCACCCCCAUCUAGACAGAGAUACUCAACCUGAAUUCAUUCAAAGGAGGAUUCAAAGAUGGAUAUCGCCGGGGCGCAUGCUAUUUAUUGCUUCAAAUGAGAGAAAACCUGGCUUUUUUUCGCCUCUCUCUGCAAGGUAUAAGUUGGCAUACUCAUCAAACUACAGCAGCAUUUUGUAUCCAAUAAUUGAGAAUAAUUACCAGCUAUUCAUGGUGGAAAGAUUGAUCCUAGCUGGUGCCACCACUUUUGUCAAAACAUAUAAAGAGGAAGAAGAUGAUCUCAGCCUCACUGAUGAUCCUAAAAAGAACACCAAAAAAUGGCAGAUUCCUGUCUACAACAUGGAAGCAGAGGAAUGAAGUCGACUUCUGUAACCUUCAAUUUUACAAUUUUGCUAUUUUAUGCCUCCAUUU